CUACUCAUAAAUUAGUCAUACUCUAGAUCAUUUUUGCUUACCUGUACAUCCUUUUCUUUUUGCCUCUUACUUUUUUUUUCCUAUAUAACUAUCACUAAUUUCUAACCCCAAUUCACAAUAUUCAUUGUAUUUGAAGAAAAGAAAAUAAAAAAUGGCGGUUUUUGUCAUCUUGAUCUUCAUGAUGCUCUUUAUAUCAUCUGAAACAGCUUGUGAUCGCUGUAUUCAUCAAUCAAAGGCUGCUCAUUUCUACGACGAUUCACCACUUUCAUCGGGAGCAUGUGGGUAUGGUUCCUUGGCUUUGACCUUAAACAGAGGAUUUCUUGCAGCUGGUAUUCCUUCAUUGUUUAAAGGUGGUGCUGGUUGCGGUGCAUGCUUUCAGAUAAGAUGCAAGAAUAGUACUUUGUGUAGUAAGGCAGGGACUAAAGUGACAUUGACUGAUCUGAACACAAAUACUCAAAAUGACUUUGUGCUAAGCAACAGAGCUUUCAAAGCCAUGGCCAACCCUGGAAAGGACCAAGAUGUGCUAAAGCUUGGAAUUGUUGACGUGGAAUAUAAAAGGAUUCCAUGUGACUAUAAAGGUCAAAAUUUGGCAGUUCGAGUUGACGAGUCCAGCCAAAACCCAGGUUACUUGGCAAUUAAAAUUCUCUACCAAGGUGGUCAAACAGAAAUCGUAUCAAUUGACGUUGCUCAGGUUGAUGCACCAAAUUGGACUUCCAUGAGCCGGAAUUAUGGGGUAGUGUGGGACACAAGCAGGGUACCAAAUGGGCCGUUGCAGUUCAGAUUUGUGGUGACAUCGGGCUAUGAUGGCAAAUAUAUUUGGGCCAAAAAUGUCUUACCAGCAAACUGGAAGCCCGGAGUCAUUUAUGACACUAAAGUUCAAAUCACUGAAGUUGCUCAAGAGGGCUGCGGUACUUGUGAUGAUACCGAAUGGAAAUAAAUACUUGCCGUAAAAUUGAGUUGUAUGUACUCUCUUGUUUAUACAAGCGUAAAGUUACAUAUGUAUACGUAUAUAAAUAAUGAAAUAAGGAACUCUUGCUUCCAAGGGAAAA